AUGCCCCAGGACACUCGCGUGUCGCUUGCCUCGGAUCUCAAAUCUGCCCAGAUCGCAAAGCCGCCGCUGCAGCCCGCGGCAUCCCAGGCCCUUCCCUACACCAUCCACGACUACAGCUCCUACUCGGCUAAUUUUCUUCCAGAGAAAAUCAAGCAAAACAGCCCGCAGGACCAGAGCUCCCGAUGGGCCAGCGGCAGCCACAACCAGCUGCAGUUCAUCACCCUCAAGCUCGACAGGAUCAGCAUUGUUCACACGAUUACCUUUGGCAAAUUUCACAAGGUCCAUGUCUGCAACCUCAAAGAGUUCAAGGUCUACGGCGGACUCACGCCAAACAGUAUGUUUGAGCUCCUACACGGGGGUCUUCGAAACGACACCGAGCCAGAGACGUUUUCUCUCAAAUUCAAAGCCAAUGGCGUGUAUUUCCCCUGCCAGUAUAUCAAAAUCGCGCCGCUGCUCGCCUGGGGUGCAAACUUCAACUUCAGCAUAUGGUUCGUCGAGUUGCGCGGCAUUAGCCAGUCCGAGCCGGCGGAUCAGGCGUAUGCUGAGUAUAUGAACUAUCGAGAGAACGAAGUAGUCCGCCUCUGUCUCAAGCACUUUCGACAGAGAAACCAGCUCGAGAUCUUCGAAAGCAUCCAGCGACGCACCAAGAUCAAGCUGGAGGAUCCGCUCCUCACCGAUCUUCAUCGCCAUUUGGUGGUCAACGGAGACUUUGCUGCGGCCGAGGACGUGAUCCAGGACGCAAGCCAGCGCAGUUUGUUCCAAGACUGGAUCAGGCGCAGCGUCAGCUCGAACGGAUGCAAGCCGGUUUGGAAGCGUAUUCAGCCGGCCACUGGAGAAGGAUGCCCGUCGAGCAGAGGCGGACACCAAAUGUGCAUCGAUGCAGAGUGUGGGAGGAUCUACCUGUUUGGCGGAUGGGACGGCUCCAAGGAUCUCGCGGACUUUUGGGUCUACGACCGCACUUCGUUGCGCUGGCGCUGCAUAUCCCCAGACACACGAAGGCAAGGAGGACCCGGCCCGCGCUCAUGCCACAAAGUGUGCAUAGAUACUCGCAACAAGAUAAUCUACACCCUCGGCCGGUACAUCGACACAGACCAUCGCCCCAUCAUGAAUCUGGACGCGGAUUUUUGGAAAUACGACGUCUCCCAGGACAAAUGGACAAAGAUCAGCGAGGACACAACGCAGGAGGGCGGCCCCGAUCUGAUCUUUGACCAUCAAAUGGUCAUCGAGGAGAGCACCCAGGUCAUCUAUGUCUUUGGCGGACGGCGGGUGCAGGCCGGCCAGGACGCCAACCAGAGCGUUUUCUCCGGGCUCUACGCCUACAACAUUCGGGACAAUCGCUGGAGCCUCCUGCGAGAGGACACCACCCCAGCCGACCACGCUGUCCAGAUGAAAUCCCGGGUCGGACACAGCAUGCUGCUGAGUCCCGAGACCCGUGAGCUCUACAUCUUUGCUGGCCAGCGCUCGAAGGACUAUCUCUCGGACUUUUAUGUCUACAACAUCGAGUCCGACACCGUCCAUGAGGUCUCGCGCGAUUACUCCAAGAAGGGCGGCCCCAACCCGGGCUAUACCCAGCGGGCCACCAUCGACCAGGAACUGGGCGAGCUCUACGUCAUGUCGGGCUUGAUGAAAGACAAGAUGACCUCGAACGAGCAACUCCGGAACACCUUCUGGAUCUACAACAUCAAGCUGGACACGUGGACGCGGGUCUAUCACAACGAUAGCAACCCGGACGAGGAGUACUGGGAACGCAUGGCCGACAAGGAGCCCCGCCCUCGAUUUGCUCACCAGCUCGUCUAUGACUGGACCCAGAAGGUGCAGUACAUGUUUGGCGGCAAUCCUGGCCUCAGCACGAAUCCAGGGCUCCGGCUCAACGACUUUUGGGCUCUGAGUCUGCAGAGACCCCGCAACGAGGAUAUUCUCAGGCACGCAAGGUUCUUUAUUCGCAAGCAAAAGUUCCGCGAAAUGUGCGUGAGCCGAACACACUCGCCACAGCAGCUCCUCCACUAUCUCCAAAAUGACCUCUCCGAAGUUGUUGACCACGCCGACCCGCACGAGUCUAAGAGCUUCAGAGAGCUCACGAGCUGGCUCUUCAUGUGGAACACCUUCAAAGGCCCAGGCGGCACCCCACUGUUUGGAUUCUCAGACUCUGCGACGGCUGGAGGACAUCCUGCAGGCCAUCCUAGCGCGCAGGCAAACAACUUUGGAGCAGGGGGCAUGGUUGCGAUGGGCACCGAUUCAGGAAACCUUCCGAACGACAUCUACUCAUUCCGAACGGAGCUGUACUCCAGGUUGAUAGAGUACUUUCCCGAAGAGAUGCGAGAGCCCAAGCAAAGCCUCGUCGAUCUUGUGCCGAUUAUUUGA